AUGGAGUACGGGGCGUGCGCGUCGGGCGAGGAUGCCAGCAAGGCGCUGAAGCGGCAGCUCUCGAUGGAGAAAGGCCCCUCCGUCUACAAGGUCCACGCCGCGCUCGCGACCGGCUACUGCCUGUUCGCGGGGGGCGCCAUCGUGGGAAAGUUCGGAGUGCACGGCUCUAGCGCCAUCAUCUUCGAGCUCUUCCGGGAGUUCUGGUCUCUGAUCGCGCUGAGCGCAGGCCUCUUCAUUUUCAAAGUGAGCCCCGUGCCGGCGCGGGAAGACGUCCCCACGCUGCUGCUGGGCGGCACAGCGUUUUUCUUCAACCAGGUCUUCUGGUUCGUGGCCCUGAAGCUCGCCGACCCAGUGACGGGUUCCGCGUGGCAGACCUUCUUGCCCAUCUUGACCGCGCUGCUGUCGGUGAUCCUCGGCCAGACCAAGCUGGAGGGGCUGAAGGCCUGCCGCGAGGGCGCCGCGGGAGCACCGCGGCAGGCGCGGGGCCGGCAGGGGGCUGCCGAGGCCGCGGGCGGGCGCCCGCCGCUGGCCGAGCUGGUGCGCCGGCACGGCCUUCCUGAGGUGGACCCCGACCUCCGUCUCGACGAAGGGAUCACCACCAUGGUCAUCGUGAACGUACCCUAUGCGUAUCCGAGGCAGAUGUUGCAGGCGGACAUCAACGAGUGGGGCUUUCCGUACAACUACUUCCAUUGCCCCCAGGACUCCCGCCAGGGGAGGAGCCGUGGCCUGGCGUUUAUCAAUUUCCUGACGCCACUGGCAGCGGCGGCGUUCAAGCGGUGCUUCGACAAGCGCGAGCUCUCCUGCCCAGGAGCCGAGGCCCAGGUGGUCACGGUCCUGCCCUCCAGGCUGCAGGGCCUCGAGAAGAACGCCCAGCUCCACCCCGAGGGCCGGGUUCUCGACCCGCACUGGCAGCUCCACCAGCACCGGCAGCGCACGCGGCAGCUUCUUGCUUCGACAGCAGCAGCAGGCGCCCGCCGGCGGCUUCGACAGCAGCCGGGGAGCCUGCCCCGCCGCGCCCGCGGGGGCGGGCCCCGGCGCCGCGGCCUGCAGCUCCCGGGCGGCCCUCGGCCCCACGCGGCGCCCCCCGCCGUGGCCGCCCGGGGCCGCGCCGCAGCUGUGCAGGCUGUCCCUCUGAGGGCCCGACCGCGCCGCCGUGCCCGGCCUCGCGUCGGGCACGGCCCUCUCCAGGAGGCAGGCUCGAGACAGUCAAUCGGUCAAAAAUGCGAUGGGGACGGUUUCCCGAUUGUUUUAUUAUCGGGGGAGCGUAAGACCCGGGUUUGCCAGGACUCGGGUUCGCCAUCGUUGUUUGACGACCGCGCCUCGGAUUUGCCGUCGGACACGCCCGACCCGGUGCCGGGCCUGGCCCGUGGCGCCCGCCGCAGCCCCCCUGGGGGUCGCACGGCCGUGCGGCACGGCGAUGAUAUUUUUCGGAGGUCCACCGCAUCCGAUCGUUGUGCAGUGUUCUCUUCCCCUCACCCAGUUUGGCUUUCAACAUCUCGGCUUGGCGGGUCGCUCUCUCGAGCCGAGUUUGUCUCGCGCUGCAGGUCGCCUCAGGUUUGACGCAGGGCGCUCGCGCAUCGGUGCUCCAUCCCACGCAUCCUGGUUCAGAGGAGCAAGAGGUCAUCGAAAUCCACGUGUAGAUUUUUGCUUGUCCUCUCGCAGCAGGCUUCCCCGAUGAGCGAUCGCCCGUCGCGCAUUUUCCACGGGAGAAGGAGGAGGCCCGGCAGGAGGCGCAGGAGC